ACGAACACACAUGCAACAAAAAUGAUACAUCGAUGGAAAAUGCAUUUAAGGAUUAUUUCUACAGCGUUGCUGUUACUCGCGCACACACAAUCAUGUUUUGCCAAUUUACCUCCCGUUUUUACGCAGGACAUGAACAACUUGGCGCUAUCCGAGUCGACGGCAGUUGAUAGUGUCGUUUACACACUCGAAGGCUACGAUCCCGAAGGUGGCAAUGUCACAUUUGGCCUAAUUGGCAGCGACAACUUUGACGUUAAUCCGAAAACGGGGGAAGUUAAACUCGUGAAAGCGCUCGAUAGAGAGACGCAGGAUACACUAUCAUUUCUGGUUUCAAUAAAGGACCGUGUAAACAAGUUAGCUGACUCCGAGAACGACAACUUGGUUACCGUGCCGAUUUCUGUUAUUGUGCUCGAUGAAAAUGAUAAUCCGCCGGAAUUCCAAAAUGUGCCAUAUGAAGCUGAUGUGCCUGAGGAUACAGAAAUUGGAACCACAAUAUUUGACAGAGUAUUGAUCCGAGACAAGGACACAGUUGGCGAGAAUUUGGAUAUUGUGUGUACGCCGCACGAACAAAACCCGGAUGCUUGUUUCAAGUUUUCGGUGAAAAUUUUGGAAAGUAAUCAAGAUAAAUUAAGUGCCGCUAUUGUUCUCGAUGAUAAAUUGGAUUAUAAUGAAAGGAUGAUUUAUCAAAUACUACUGACUGCAUCGGAUGGCACAUUUAAUGCGACCACCUCCCUGGAAAUUCACAUAAAAGACGUGCAGAAUCAGCCACCCGUAUUUCAAGGUGCCCUUACCGCCGUGAUUAGUGAGGAUAGUCCAAUUGGUACUUUGGUGUUAACCGUUGUUGCCAAAGAUAAUGACAAGGGCAAUCCACGGAAAGUUGUCUAUGAUUUAGUGAGAAAUCCAAUGGACUACUUUUUACUGGACUCACGUUCCGGCGAACUCCGUACCGCCAAACCUUUAGACAAAGAAUCACUUCCUGAUGACACUGGUCUUAUCAAACUUUCGGUUCGUGCUCGUGAAGUAGUUGAUGGUGUUCCAUUAAACGAUCCCCUGACAUCUGCUGUGACCCAACUCUCGAUCACAAUUCGCGAUGUCAAUGAUUCUCCCCCAACCUUCAACCAACGUGAGUAUUUCGUGUCUUUAUCUGAAAACACGCCACCCGGCACCCCACUUCCCAUUGAAAUGAGUGUUCAUGAUCCGGAUGUCGGCAAUAACGCCGUCUUCGCCUUACGACUGGAUGACGUCUCCGAAGUUUUUGACGUUGAACCGAAACUUGUCGUUGGAUCAUCUCAAGUUAGCAUUCGUGUCGCCAACGGAACUCUCGACUACGAAAAUCCAAACCAGAGAAAGUUCAUAGUUCUCGUAAUUGCUGAAGAAACUCUUACAUCGCCAAAAUUAUCGUCCACGGCAACAUUAACGGUGCAAAUUACCGAUUCGAAUGACAAUCGACCGAUUUUCGAUCAAGAGUCGUAUACGGCUUCCGUAUCGGAAACAGCUCACGCUGGUCAGUUAAUUACCACGAUAACAGCUAAAGACAUGGAUUCCGGACAUUUUGGUGAAGCAGGUAUCCGAUAUGAACUCUCCGGAGCUGGAAGUCAUCUUUUCCAUGCGGAUCCCAUAACAGGAGCGAUUACUGUUGCAAAAUGCCCCGAAGACAGUCGAAGGAAACGUGAUACGAUAAAUUUAUUUGAUCUCUUUGCUGAUGACGACGACAAGCCGCAGGAAGAGAAACAAGAAGAGAAUCACGUUACACCAGCAGAGGUGUAUGAGAUAAAGACAUCGGCAGCCACAUUACCUGAUCAAUACACAUAUCACACAGUAGAUGCCGAAUCAAGUACCGCACAAACUGAAGUUUUCGAACCGUUAUUUUCCUCCACGAAAGUUUACACGGUCGGCACGUCAACCACAACGGAGAAAAUUAUCGACAAAAGUCAAAAUGAGGUAAAUGUCAUGCUGGAAAAUCACAAUGGUCCGGGCAGUCCAUCAUGCCUCGACUACGAAACGCAAUCUGUGUACUUUUUAUCGUACAAGGCAACCGAUGACGAUGGCAAAGGACAAAGUUCGGUAGUUUCAUUAAAAAUCCAAUUAGUAGAUUCAAAUGAUACGCCACCCGUGUGCGAAAGUCCUUUGUAUCGUGCCUCAAUCGAUGAGGGAGCAACGACGUUCGAGCCGGAGCUUUUUAUCAAAGCGCGCGAUGCCGACGUCAUGUCCGAGAUUAAUUACAGAAUAAUCGGAGACGAAACGGUAACGAAACACUUUGAAAUCGAUAAACGUUCCGGACAAUUGUCCAUUUCGAGAAAUAGUGUCAUCGAUGUGAAUCACAUUCAUGCGGAAAACAUUUUCUUCGGUGUCGAGGCAUCAGAUGGCUUGCACUCUGUGCUCUGUAACGUAAAUAUCACCAUACGAGAUGUUAACAAUCACGCGCCGCAAUUCACGAGAACGGAAUACAUGGUGACAAUUGAGGAAAAUCUUCCGAUCGGCACCAUUGUGGAACAAGUAAAUGCAACCGAUUUAGAUACCGGCAUCAAUGCAGAAAUAAGAUACCGCAUUCAGCAAGGAAGUUUUGACGAUUUCACAAUUGACAAUCAAAGUGGCAUCGUAACGAUAUCGAGGAAAUUAGAUUUUGAUCGAAGAAAUACUUAUCAAAUUGAAAUUGUUGCUUCGGAUUCUGGAACUCCGAGUUUAUCCGGCACAGCUACGUUGGUCGUCAACAUAAUGAACAGCUACGAUAAGGCACCAUAUUUUACGCCAGCAACGCAACGAGCGGAGAUAUCCGAGGAUGCCAAAAUUGGAACAUUAGUUCAUGCAUUGAUGGCCUUUAAUCCGAAUAAUGAAACAACAGAGGCAUUAGAUUACUCGGCCAGCGAGCCAAUCACCGCCGUCGAUAAAGAUGGCAAGGAGGUAGACACGACGGAGGACUUUAAGGACUUGUUCAGUGUCGAUAACACGGGAAAAGUUUACGUCAACAAGGCAUUGAAGCGCGACACGUUCGCCGUAAUACGGAUUACGGUUGUUGUGCGGAACAAAAGUGCGCCCGCAAUUCCGGAAGGCAAAGGAUUACUCAUCAUUACAAUCAUAGACGUUAAUGAAUUUCCACCGGUAUUUGCAUCGCCAUGGACACCGGAAAAGCCCGAAUACAGCUUCCAAAUUGUCGAAGAACAGCCCGUGGACUCGAUUUUAACGACGCUCCAGGCAACGGAUGACGACUCGACAAUUGCCGAGUACAAAUUAAAUGACAACGAUUACUUUCAGAUAAAUAACGUAACGGGUUUAAUUACAUCAAAAACACGCAUCGAUUAUGAAAAGGUGAAAACAAUUAAAUUAAGUGCCAUUGUAACAGAUACCGGAAUCCCGCAAUUGUCCGCAACCGCUACCAUAACUAUCGACGUUAUUAACAUAAAUGACAACGAUCCCAUUUUCGAUACGGACAUUUAUAAUUUUACGGUGAAAGAGAACUCGCCUCGGGGGACAAUCGUCGGUCAGAUACGUGCUAACGAUAAUGAUGAUGGACAAUUUGGCAACAUUGAAUACUCAUUAGUUGGCGAUUAUGCGUCGUUUUUCGAGGUAGAGCCAAAAACGGGCGAGAUUACGGUGCGAAAUGCCUCCGCGUUGGACCGCGAAACGGACGAGGAGAUGACAAUAACGGGAGUUGCCACGGAUUUGGCACCAAUUACGGUCCGUAGCUCGACCACGGUGCCCAUUAACAUUCGGAUUUUGGAUGACAACGAUAAUGCGCCCGUAUUUUCGCAACGAAUUUAUUACGCAAAUGUCGCCGAGAAUGCCGCCUUUAAUCCGCCUGCCGCAAUUUUGCAAGUAAGUGCCAGCGAUCGGGAUGAGGGAGCUGCCAAAAUCGUAAAAUACUCAAUUUUAUCGGGAAAUUAUGACAACACGUUCAUUUUGGAUCCGGAUUCGGGCAUUUUGUAUCCGCGAAAAAGUCUUUUAGGCCAAAAAGGACAAUUUACGAUAGAAAUUGAGGCACGUGAUGGCCUUGGGCAGGGACCUCAUACGGACAAAGCUGAAAUUAUCAUCGAAGUUCAUUCGAUAAAUCAACACAGACCGAAAUUUAUCAUGCCGGCAUUGGCUAAUGCCACUAUUGAGAUCCCGGAAAACUUGGCGGUAGCGGAUUAUUUGGUCAUGACAGUCAAAGCGGAGGACCCGGAUGACGGUGAUAAUGGAAAACUCGCCUAUCACUUGCAACUUAAUAACGAAAAUAUCCAAGAAACGGACGAAUUUACGAUCGACGAGGGUUCCGGUGAGCUGCGGAUCAAGAAAAAUCUCGAUCGGAAGACACGGGCUCGAUACGAACUCGUUUUAGUGGCUCGAGAUCACGGAACUCCCGCUGCUUUUGAGACUUUGCAAUUCCUCACAGUGCUUCUGGUCGACUUGAACGAGCAUCAUCCCGAAUUUCCCGAUGCCUCGAACCCCUACAAAUUCCAAAUUAUCGAAAAUUCCGGUCGUGACAUCCGAAUCGGCAAAAUCCAGGCGAUGACAGAAGACAAAACUCACACUCCCGACAUUUUUUACUACAUUUUAUACGGAAAUGACGAUGCCGCCUUCUACGUGGACAAAACAACCGGCGAUGUCUUCACCAAUAAAUCGCUCGAUCGUGAGGCGCAAGAUUCCUUCCGACUCUACAUUCUAGCAAGCAAGAAGCCAGAUCUCCAUAUUUCCGAUACGGACGAACUCAUGUACGCGCAAUCGAUUGAGCAGCUGGAACGCGAUGCCACAAUUGCCAAAGUGCAAAUUACGGUGCUCGAUGUGAACGAUAAUGCGCCAGUUUUUGACACGGACGUUUAUUAUGCGGGAAUUAGUGCGAAAGCGUCAAUUAAUGAGCUGGUGACAGUCGUGAAUGCCACGGAUAAGGAUUUUGGUGCCAAUUCGACGGUUGAGAUGAUUAUUACGGCGUCGUAUUUGUACAAAUUUGGGGCGACGAAGACGACGGGAUCCAUUGUGCCGAGUCCGUUUGCGAUUAGUAAGGAAGGGAGGAUUACGACGGCUUCGUAUAUGGCGGAAUAUAAUCAGGAUCGGUUUAUUUUGGAAGUUGUUGCGAAGGAGACUGAGGCGCCGGAGAGGAUUGCGAAAGCGAAUGUUCAUGUUUACAUUUUCGAUCCCGAACAACUCAUCCGUGUCAUCCUAUCGCGACCGCCCAGCGAGGUGCACCAGGAACGCGACGAAAUCAUCAGCGAAUUAUCGAAUGCCACGCAAAAACGCAUCAUCGUCGACGAAAUCCGAUAUCACGUGGACAAUGUCGGUCGCAUCCGGAUGGAUUGGUGCGACUUGUAUUUCCAUGCCAUCGACAAACAAACAGAAGCCAUUGUACCUGUCGUCGAUAUUUUGACUGUAAUUGAUUCCCAGUAUGAUUUUCUGAAGGACUAUUACGCCGGAUUUGCCAUCGAAAAUGUCGUGCCUGCUUAUGCCACGAACGUUACGGAGGAGUUUGAUAUAGCGUUAGCGGCAAUUAUCGCACUCUUGAUAGUUUUAUUUGUGGGCACCGUGAGUUUUGUCGUGCUGUGUUGCUGUUUAAAGCACUGGGUGAUUACGAUUCCCAAUGAAACAAGACGCAAAGAUGCGCUAAUUAAGAAACAAAUUAUCGAGGAUUUGAAUACGACGGAAAAUCCGCUGUGGAUUGAACAAAAAUUAAAACUCUACGAAGAACAAGAACUAACCAUGCAAGUAUUCUCUGAGCCUGAAGCCUCUCCCGGCACACCACAAACGAAUCACGAAGGCAAUCGAGCUCUCGAACGACGCGAUUCCUAUGAAACUGCAAACACCUAUGCCACCAUUCAACCGCGCAACAUCUCACAAAUGGUCGAAAUUGACGAUUAUGCGAGUCUAAGAAAUACGAGACCGCCAUCGAUCUACGAAUUUCGUGGCUCCACAUUCCAAGUACAGCAAAGAGAUCCCGCAGAUUACGUGACGGAACUCAUUUGACAACAGUUGCAAGCUAGGAAACCCUAUAAAAAAAUUUAGUAAAGACUUAGGUAGCCUUUAAUUAGUGAACAAUUAGACGAAAUCAAGUUAAAUUUAAGGAUAUUGUAAAAAAAAGGCACAAACUACUACUCAAACUCACAAAAAAUAAGAAGAAGCACUGAAAGCCAUAUUACAACUCAGCAUAUCUCUCAUUUGACUAAUUUUAAUUUUUUUAUUGUGAAACGCGAAUGAUGACAAUAAUGUUGUUAUUUUUAAUUCUUUUUAAUCCUAUUGUAGAUUUGAAUUAUUUUACAUCGAAUCUCAUUUUUAUCUGUCCAAUUUUUUAAAGGGAUUUUUAAAAUAAGUCGUUUAUUAACGUAAAAUAUUGAAAAAUUAACAAAUAAAAAAAUCUACUAACAAAAAAAUAUUUUAGAAGAAAAAAAAAGGGAAGAAAUGAUGAUGAGAAUAAAUGUAAGUU